ACUUUACAGCGGAGUGUGGCAUAUUGUUGGAACAGAACGAUUGAUACGGUCUGACGGACUGUGCUGUGACUUGAACCGAGACCUUCUGCGGCUGAAUUGUUGGGGUGGACUAUUAUGAACGUUCGCUGAUAUACCUUAAAACAGUUCUCAAACCAUGUCUCCCAAGUCAACGGUGACCCCUAAGCACAAGACCCCAAGAAGGACACCGAAGCAGCCUGCUAAGGUGUCCGAGUCGGAGUCGGAGGAUUCGGAGAUGGAUACUGCGGCGCCUGAGAAGCCCAAAGAGACCCCCAAGCCAGACAAUGCUUCGCGCAGCGUCAAACGCAAAAGGGUUGAAAAGGAAGCUUCAGAAGGUUCUGAUGGUGAAGUCGAAGAAAAUACCGGCGCCCGUUUGGUGUCGACAGGAUUGGGGGUUGCCGCGGCUAUGUCUGCGACCGCCAAGUUGUCCGAGUACUUCGGCGUGGAAGACGGCUGGGCGGGAUGCCAAAUCUUUCGUUCUAUGAAUGUGACGAUGAAGAAAACGAUGCAAGCGAUGGUGUGGAUAUGGUUUACCGUCGCGAGCGCUAGCGAACACAGCAGCUCUUUUGGUCCCAAUGCAUCAUACAAUCCCCACUCGAUCCUAGGGAUUACGAACCUCUUCAUCGAACAACUCGGGACUCGUCCUGAUUUCUGCCACCGUUACCCCUCGCCCGGCAAGACGUACAUGUUCCUCCUCGCCCUCGCGCCUGAGGCGGCCCACAAGCUGCUGAAGAUGCCUAGAGGCUGGAUUAAGCUUGCUCAUGGCUUGGGUGGCCGCAUAAGGGUCCCCACUUCCGACCCUGUCACUUCGGUGGCGAUUCAUAUAACGGGCGUUCUGCCUGUCGUGUCAGAUCAAGAACUGACCACGCGUUUACGAGCUAUUCCGGGCGUCAAAGCCAUAGCUGGGGGUUUUGAGAGAGUCGUCUUGGAGAACAAUGUUGCCACCGAUCGCGUCGCCUGUAGCCUCGUGUUGAAGCCCGACGGAAAUCUACCCUUCGAUCAUUACAGUGAGAAGUUCGAGCAUGCGCUUGAAAUAGGAGGAAUGCCCCUCAAGGUAGAAAGAAGAACACCAUGCCUCGUUUGCGGCGAGGACACGCAUCUUCACUAUGCGUGUUCGACAAAGCAGCGUCUCGUCUCCUUCGAGAUGCCCACGUGGUCGUUCGUGUCGGAUAGGGUGGCUAGGCCUAAGCCGGAGACUCAGGUUGCUGACGCGCCCAAGUCAAAGAAGAAGCUCCUCCGGCCGAUGAAAAGAAGGCUGAAAGAGGGAGUGGAGGCAACAAGAAGGCCGGAGCGGACAAGUAGUUCUGCGCUUUAUAUUCCGAACCUUAUACGAACUGUCUCAGUGUACAUUUUGGGGGGCCACAAUGUCCACGAACAUUAAUUCCGAUAGGCUUUUCGUGUCGUACUACUUGGUUUAGUCGG